AGACCCCAGUGAGGAGUGCAAUGGGCUCAUCGGUGCUCUCCCAGUGGAGCCAGCGCCGGGGUCCAGAGUGAGCGAUUGGGGUGUCUCCGCCCCUCCCCCCGGCCCUCCCCCCGCCCCCGCGCCCCUCCCCGCAGGCCUGAUGGGCGACGGCCUGGACUCGGUCCACAUGUCGGGGGGCAGCAGCAGCCAGGGCCAGCCCUCCUCCCUGCCCUCCUUCAACCUCCAGGCCUCCGAGGCGGCCCACCCCGCCCGGCCCAAGCGCCAGACCAACCAGCUGCAGUACCUGCUGAAGGUGGUGCUCAAGACCCUGUGGAAGCACCAGUUCUCCUGGCCCUUCCAGCAGCCUGUGGACGCAGUCAAGCUCAACCUGCCCGACUACUAUAAGAUCAUUAAGUGUCCUAUGGACAUGGGAACCAUCAAGCGCAGGCUAGAGAACAGCUACUACUGGAACGCCCAGGAAUGUAUCCAAGACUUCAACACCAUGUUCACCAACUGCUACAUCUACAACAAGUCCGGCGAUGACAUCGUGCUCAUGGCCGAGGCCCUGGAGAAGAUGUUCCUGCAGAAGAUCUCCCAGAUGCCCCAGGAGGAGACCGAGAUCUCCGUCAUGUCCGGCAAGGGGCGCGGCCGGGGACGCAGAGAUGUAGGGCUGAACUCGAAGCCAGGCUCGGCCCAGGCCUCUCCCUCCACCCCCCCUCACACGCGCGGGCUGUCCAGCGGCGUCUCCAUAGGCCCCCCGAUACUGGGGCCCCCCAGCCUGGGGCCCCCGACCCUGGCCCCCCCUCCGCCCCCCAUUCAGACCCUGCCCACCCGCCUGCCCCCCACACAGACCACCCACGCGCCCCACCUGGGACCCCCCUACUCCCUGGGACCCCACGACUGCAUCACCCAGCCCCCCAUCCUGACCUCCGUGCCCCCCCCUGUCCCGGUGCCCCCGGCGCCCAUCCUCCAGAGCGUGGCCCCCCCAGUCAAA